AUGGCUGAAGAUGACAGUUUUGGAAAAGUUGAGCAAGAGUCACUCCUGUGUUGGGGAAUAUUUUCAAUCCCCAUCUCCCUCUCAAUCUUAAAUACGAGAGCUAUCCUACAUGAAGCCCCAAUUGACAGCACGGGUGACAUGCAGAUGGAUAAUAACAUUUCGCAUAGAUCCCACUACGAGUUGCUUGUGAAGCGUCGUACAGAAACCUCCCAAAGGUUCGCCGAAAUCUCACCCAAUUGUCGUCUCAAUAAACACAAGAGCUGCGUCAUCGAGCGGGGAAAAAAAUUCCGCCACAGUUCUGUUGCACCAGUAACAAUGAUAAUUAUACCACGAGUUCUCAGCACUGAUGUGUGA